AUGGUUUGCCUCAAGCAACUGUCUCUCACUACCGCUAUUGUUUUCAGCAUGGCUCAUACCACAAUCGCCGCACCCGUCACCGUCUUCGCGAAUGAUGCUUCCCUUGCCGAACGCGACUUUGAUCGUGUAACGGCCCCCAGAAAACUGCAUCUCAUGCGCUCACCGGCCGCACGCACGGCCAAAGUGGCCCAGCGCAACUACGAGGACACAUUCCAGGAGCGUGACCGCGAGGACGACUUUGAAGAUCACAAUCUCGAGGAUGAACUCGAGGCGCGUGACGUCUCCGGGCGGCUUGAGAACAUCUCCAAGCUGUUCAACCUCGGCACAAAGCUCACCAAUCUCAUUGCUGCCAAGCGUGAUCUGGAGGACGACCUCGAGGAGCGCGAUGUCUCUGGGAGACUCGAAAAUGUCGCCAAGUUGCUCAACCUCGGCACCAAGCUGACGAAUCUCAUCACCAGCAAGCCUGACCUUGAGAAGCGUGCUAUGAAGUUCCAGAAGCCGAUGAGCGCCCAGAGAUUUGGUGAAGUAAUCUCGGUUUUUGAUGCUGGUAUGGAUCUUGGUGACGCUGUCAAGAAAGCCAUCAUGGCCAAGAUGGGCAAGCGCGAUCUUGAAGAACUGAAAAAGCGUGCCUUUGAGGACUUGGUACGGGAACUCUAUUUUUGA